AUUAAAGUCAACCCAAUUUUCAGCCCAAAUAAAUUAAGAGUAGAAUUAAGACUCCGCCCACUUCCGGGCCAGCGGCUGGACGAUAUACCAGAAUUAUAUAUUAAUAAUACUACUGAGUACGAAGUCGACGAGAUCCUAUCCAGCCAGAUAUAA